AUGGCCUCUACCCUCUCACGCAGUGRGAUUCUCGGCAAGGUCUACAAAAUGGUGCCUCCGAUGCUGGAAAAGUUCCACAAAGGUCAACUUGGGAGAGUGGCCGUCAUCGGAGGAAGCGAAGACUACACGGGAGCUCCCUAUUUCUCGGCAAUGGCCUCUGCCAAACUCGGAGCGGAUAUGUCACAUGUAAUCUGUGAGCCCAGCGCCGGAAUGGUCAUCAAGACAUACUMUCCCAACCUCAUGSUCCACCCAUAUAUGAGACAGCAGAAGAACCUCGGGGAAAGUGAAACCAUCGAUAGCGUAUCCGAGCAAGUCAUCGGCAUGCUCGAUCGACUACAUGUCAUAGUCAUCGGUCCAGGUCUAGGACGCGAUCCCGCAAUGCAAGAAACCUGCGCCCGUGUCAUCGUCGAGGCAAAGAAGCGGAAUGUUUCAUUUGUCCUUGACGCGGAUGGACUCUACUUGGCUCAGACCCGACCGGAUCUCGUUCAAGGCUACAAAGAGUGCAUUCUGACUCCCAAUGUAGUCGAAUUCGGACGUUUGGCUAAGAGUAAGAACAUUGACACGGAAAAAGAAGAUCCAACUCAGCUAUGUGCGAAAUUAGCCAAUGCUUUCGGCGGAGUGACAAUUAUUCAAAAAGGCCAAGUGGAUUACAUUUCGAAUGGCAAGCAGACACUUGUUUCGGAUGGAGAAGGUGGUCUCAAGCGUUCCGGUGGCCAGGGCGAUACUCUGACGGGAUCUUUGGCGACUUUGUUGGCAUACCGCAAGGCAUACCUCGAGAAGAUUUGGGACCAUGAAGGCGAUUUGCUACCGGAUGAAUUGCUCACUUAUGCGGCUUACGGCGGCUCGGCUAUUACGAGGGAGUGCUCUAGGUUGGCUUUCAAGGAGAAGGGACGUAGUUUGCAGGCUGCUGAUCUUACGGAGCAUGUUCAUACUGCCUUUUUGAAUAUCAUUACGGAGAAGCCUACUGAUGCUAGGCUUUGA